GUUAGGUUUGGGCAAGGGCUUCGCGUCCGUUCUCCGCUUCCGCCACCCCGCUUCCGGCCGCGGGCUGCCUAGGGCGCCGCGCUUCGAGGGACGCCGCCGGCGGCAGGCGAGCGCUCACAGGGCAGCAGCGUCGAUGGUCGCUGAAGGCACGUGAAGCGGGACAUCGCCAUGGCGGGGAAGAGGCCGUCGGGCCCGGGCCGGCAGCGCUGGCUGCUGGGGCUGCUGGCGGCCGUGGGCGCCGUCCACCUCUUCACCUGCCCCUACUCCAAAGUGGAGGAGAGCUUUAGUCUGCAGGCCGUGCACGACCUGCUCUACCACCGGCUGGACGUGGACAAGUAUGACCACCUCGAGUUCCCCGGCGUGGUCCCCAGGACGUUUCUCGGGCCGCUGGCCGUGGCGGUGCUGUCCAGCCCUGCGGUCUGUGUGCUGUCCCUGCUGCAAGCGCCCAAGUUCUAUUCUCAGCUAGUAGUCAGAGCCGUCCUGGGACUCGGCGUGAUCUCGGGACUCUGGACUUUACAAAAAGAAGUGAGGCGGCAGUUUGGGGCCACGGUGGCCACCAUGUUCUGCUGGGUGACGGCCACACAGUUCCACCUGAUGUUCUACUGCACCCGGACGCUCCCCAACGUGCUGGCCCUGUCCGUGGUCCUGCCCGCCCUCACGGCCUGGCUGCAGCUGAAGUGGGCCCGCUUCAUCCGGCUCUCGGCGUUCGCCAUCCUGGUGUUCCGGGCGGAGCUGAGCCUGUUCCUGGGCCUCGUGCUGCUGCUGCUGCUGCGCUCGCGGAGGGUGACGGUGGCGCGGGCCUUGCGCUGCGCCCUGCCGGCCGGGGCUCUCUGCUUAGGACUGACCGUCGCCGUGGACUCCUGUUUUUGGCGAAGUCUCGUGUGGCCGGAGGGAAAGGUGCUUUGGUACAACACCAUCCUGAACAAAAGUUCCAACUGGGGAACCUCGCCGCUGCUGUGGUAUUUCUACUCGGCCCUGCCCCGCGGCCUGGGCUGCAGCCUGCUGUUCGUGCCGCUGGGCGCCGCGGACAGGCGGGCCCUGGCGCUGCUGCUGCCCUCGCUGGGCUUCGUGGCCCUGUACUCGCUGCUGCCGCACAAGGAGCUGCGGUUCAUCAUCUACUCCUUCCCUGUGCUCAACAUCGUGGCCGCCAGGGGCUGCGCCUGCCUGCUGAACAACUACAGGAAGUCUUGGCUGUAUAAAGUGGGUUCCGCCCUUGUGGUAGGACACCUGGUGGUGAAUGCCAUGUACUCGGCCACGGCCCUGUAUGUGUCCCACUUCAACUAUCCUGGUGGUGUCGCGAUGCAGCGGCUGCACGAGCUGGUGGCCCCCGGGACAGACGUCGUCGUGCACAUCGACGUGGCCGCCGCACAGACCGGUGUGUCUCGGUUUCUAGAAGUCAACAGCGCCUGGAGGUACGAGAAAAAGGAAGAUGUGCAGCCUGGGUCGGGGCGUAUGCUGGCCUACACGCACCUCCUCGUGGAGGCGGCCCCUGCGCAGCUGGCCCUCUACAGGGACACGCACCGGGUCCUGGCCAGCAUCGCGGGCACCACCGGGGUGAGUCUGAACCUGACCCGACUGCCUCCAUUUGACGUCAACCUGCAGACAAAGCUGGUGCUCCUCGAGAGGCUCCGCCGGCCUCCUGGCAAAUGAGAUGAUGCGGAGAGCCGUACCGGGGACGUGCCCCGGACGUAGCCCUCAGGGAACAGGCCGGGGUCCUCCACGGCCAGCCCAGACCGAGCACGGCCAGCGGGGACCGCGGGCCUCACCCGGGGGCCUCUCGGAGCACCUGCAAAAGCGCCCCUUCGGGGGAGCUCGUGUGAGACUUGGUGUCGAGGCAGCACCGCUGGACGGCGUCCCCUGCCCACGCCCUGAGCCGCAGGGAGAAUCCUUCGUGGGCACAGACACGCCAUGGCGUGGCAGCUCACGUGAAAUUGUGGGAAUUUAAAGAGGAUGGAGAAUAAAAAUUUGAAUGUUUCCUUA